CAGAAGGAGGCUUAAAGAAUAUGGAAUUUAAUAAUAAUGGAGUAACAGAAAUUUGACACAAUUUAGAGGUGAGCAUUGAGAAGUUUCCGAGUGAUCGAUAGCCUAUCCUUGGUAGUUGUGGUUUUAACUACAAGAACACCCAAAUCAAAGAAUAUGGGCAGGUCAUCGAAAGAUAAACGGGAUGUAUAUUAUAGACUUGCAAAAGAGGGAGGAUGGCGUGCCAGAAGUGCUUUCAAGCUUCUUCAACUGAAUGAGCAAUUUAAUCUUUUCGAUGGCGUUUCAAAGGUUGUGGAUCUUUGUGCAGCACCGGGAAGCUGGAGUCAGGUGCUGAGCAAAAAACUUAUCGGAGAACGACCUGGACAGAGUGGCAAGAUUGUGGCGGUAGACCUUCAGGCUAUGGCGCCGCUUCCAGGUGUAAUUCAAAUUCAAGGAGACAUCACAAAUGUUGGGACAGCAAAGAAAAUAAUCUCUCAUUUUGAAGGUGAAUAUGCAGAUCUAGUCGUUUGUGAUGGUGCCCCCGAUGUAACCGGCUUACACGAUCUUGACGAAUUUAUUCAAGGACAGCUGUUGCUGGCAGCAUUCAAUAUCACGACGCAUGUCUUGAAACCUGGGGGCAACUUUGUUGCAAAAAUAUUUCGAGGUAAAGAUGUUGAUCUGCUUUGGUCCCAGCUUAGCCUGUUUUUCAAGUCAGUUGUUAUAGCAAAGCCAUCAAGCAGCAGAAGCUCAAGUAUUGAGUCAUUUAUUGUCUGUCAGAACUAUUGUCAGCCUGAAGGAUAUAAGCCAACCAUGGCAAAUCCACUGCUAAAGGCUGAAGAUGCAGAUUUUAGCAAACUUUCAGGUGCAAACAGGGUCCUUGUCCCUUUUGUUGCUUGUGGCGACCUGAGCUCUUUUGAUUCUGACAUGAACUAUCCACUUAAAUCUGACAAAUCUGAAUGCGAGUACAAAAGUUUGCCACCCACCCAAGGGCCUAUCAAUCCACCAUACGAAAAAGCUUGUGAGUUGAGAAAGAAGAACCUUCUUCCAGAUGAAGCUACAUGAUAUUUACGGUAUAUUAAAGUGAUUGUAUCUUCCAAAAAAGUACAUACAUAGUCCUCCAAAAAUUGUAACUAUUACUAUUAUGGUGCUUUAUAACUAUUAGACAUUUUAAUUAAAAGGCUGAAUGUCAGCAAAGUAUGUCACAUGACAGAGAUUUUACUGCGCUCUUGCUAAAAAUACAUCUGGAUUUGUGAUUUUCCUUAUAAAUACCACUGGUAAAAGAGUGAAACAGUGGCUACUUCCAGUAACACUAGCAAUACCAGUCUAGUACCAUUAAAUUUUGGAAACUUGAAAAAUUUUUGUAUGGUAUGACUUUUUUUCAAAGGUUGAAAAACACUGAAUUUAUGACAAGCAGUACAAUACAUCCCAGUCAAUAACAGACUGUUUGACCCUCCUAAUAACAUUCAUCCAGUACUGCAAAAAGCGUUCCCAUUGUAUCUUCAGACUAAACAUGACAUAAAGCUUUUUAUAUUUUGAUAAUCCAAUAAUGGAAAAUUGUUGCCAGUACUAGGUUUCUCUUUUGAAUGAUAUAAUGCUGCAUGAUUAUUGAACACUUGCAGCCUUUUCAAUGGUGUAGAAUGACAUCAAUUAAUCAUUCAAAAGUAUGUUAGAAAGCUUCUGGCUUGGCAUUAAGAGACAAAUUGGCCAUAUUAGCUAAACACCAAAAAAUUUCAUGGGGCUAAAUCCCUGUGCCACCCUGUCCCCAACUGGUUUUGCUCUUCUCGUAUAUUUUGUUUUACUUUACCAUAUUAUUUUGCAUACCAGCUUACACUGGAGUGGAGUGUUGUUGAUAUAAUGGCUCCAAAAGUGCCAUACUUUUCAAUGUGGGGUAGAAACAUUUUAGCACCAUGUACCAGUUAAAAUAUAUUGAUGUACCAAGAAAUGUGUUUCUUCAAAAAGUACAAGGAAGCCCUUAGGAAAAAUUUCUCAAAACAUAAUCAGCCAAAAGUAGAAGAGGGCUAAUUUUUGGCUGGAUGCUACCACUAGGGAACUCGCGCACUGUCUGCACUCUGACAGUGUACCCUCUCCAGCAUUUCUUCCACUAUGCCAUCUUGGCACUUACUGUAUUUCCGCUAAUAAAUGCAGCCCUCUGAUAAAUGCUGCCCUCUAUUGAGUGUCAAACCUUCAGCCAACCAUUUGGAAAAAACGCUGCCCUCUGAUAAAGGUCACCCUCGAUUGAACACCAAAUCUUGAAGCAGGGUUUAAUAGAAAUACAUCACUAUUCAAAAGCUAUGAAAGUUUUUAUGUCAUCAAGACGAGAACCCUGACGAAGGCAGGAGUAUUGACAUUUCUUGACAAUUCCAUAACGUGUGAACUUUCAAACAUCUUUUGUGAACUUUCAAAAAUUGUUCACACAAUCUUUAUUACAUGUUUUUGAAAAAGAAAACAUUGUUUAAAGUCUGUUAUUUUUAAUCUUUUUUCAUCGCUAUUUUCAUCUGAAAAUCUUUUCAUUUUGUAUAAAACGCUGCCCUCUGAUAAACUCUGCCCUCUAUUGAACACCGCAUCCAAAAUUUGGAGUUUGUAAUAAACGCUGCAGAGUUCUUUAGAGGAAAUGUGGUAUAUCUAUUCUUGAUCAUCAUUUUUUCAUUCAUGUCCAAAAUGUAAAUAGGUAUGACUUUCAAUGAAUGAACAUCAAGUGGGAAGGCAAUCUUUUACAGCUUUUCGUUAAAUUUUUUCUUUAAAAAAGGAUACCAUAUUUUCUUGAAUAGAAGCUGAUCAAAACUACAGGACUUUGAAAAAGUUAUAGUAUCCCAAAAUUGCGUGGCCAUUGUAAUGUUACUUUAAGUUCAUUUUUUAC